AUGCAGUCCGCGAAUAUGCCGUUGAUGAAGGAGAUGUUCUGGACGGUCAAGCAGCGGAGCGAGUUCCCGUAUCGUUGCGAGAAGUGCGGCAAGGGUUAUCAGCAUCGCGGCACUUUGCUGAGACACACGCGACACGAGUGCGGCAAGGAGCCGCAAUUUAAGUGUCCGUACUGCCUGCACAGGACGAAGCAACGCGGAAUGGUAGCGUGGUUAAGUUACCAGACCCAGAUGACCAAUCAGCAGAAAGUCGCGUAUAGUUUGAGCGCGAAAGAAGGAGCGUUUCGAAGAUCGAAGUACGUCGACAGAAAUCCGGGUAGCUUCAAGUGUCCGAAGUGCGGCAAGAAUUAUCGCUGGCUGAGAAACAUGAGGAAUCACUUGAGAAUCGAGUGCGGCAAAGAUCCGACCAAGUGUUGCCCGUACUGUCCACAUCUUUACAGACGCGCCCCUCUUCCCGAUCGUGAGGCCGCGACUGCACGUGUGUCCCCGCUGCGGCCAGAUGUACUCGUGGGCGUCGAAUCUGCGAAAGCACCUCAAGAUGGGUUGUGGCAUGGUUACUUUCGAGACGCAUUUCUCCUGCCAGUACUGCCCGUACCGAUCCCGGAUCGAAGCGAGUUUCCUCAAGCACCUGCUCUCGGUGCACAACAUCAAGUAAGACGCCCGUGCAACGUUCCUGUAUCUCGUGAUCGACGACGUCCCUCGUUCUCCCGAAGUCUUCGCAAUGAGGGCUUUCUUCUAAUUGCGGAAAGAAGAGCGCGCUUCGUUGCGAACCUCUCGAGACGGUCAGAUAAACUUUGUCCACUCGUAUGGGACAACUAUCAGAUAAGCAACAGGAACGUCGAACGCAAGUUCAGAUUCAAACACGUGGAUCACAUCACGGGUAGAUACAAGUGUUCGAAAUGUUCCAAGUCGUAUCGGUGGAAGCAUCAUCUGGUGGAGCACACCAAGGCAUCCUGCGGCCAAACGAAGGCGCAGUGUUGCCCGUACUGCAGCUACAAGAGCAAUCGCAAAUGGAAUCUGAAGUCACACAUAAAGAGAAUUCACGCGAAUGCGGAAGGGACUAAUUCCUGCGAGACAACAGUGUUGCACCCGAUAUAAAUAUAUUAUCUAUCAUUAGAAACGUUUCGCGCUCUAACAAUAAGUGUUUCCGCAUCGAUGUUACAAUAAAAAGCAAAACGUUUACUUCAUUCCGAAUGUCUCGAAACUCCAGCUUCAACUCAGGAUUACUCUCGAUUUGACGAGGCGGGUUUUUUUUUUUUUUUUGUUUUUUAAUCAUUUGUGCAGAUUUCUACUGUUAUUUACGGAAUAAAUUCUGGUUUAGAUAAGAAUCGUGCAGGAUUUUGUCGUUGUGAAUUAACAAAACGUUGCAAAGUUUAUUAAUUUAUGUAUAUAGUAAUAUAAAUGUGUACGAUAUACAAGAAGAAUAUUUUAUGUUAUCGAUUGUGUCUUAUUGCAAUAAAUGUAUCGUUCUUUUAACAUUAUUAGGUUUUUGAGUAUAUGUGGAUAGAAAUCCAUUUAUACGUUUCGAAAUACUUUAUUUCUUAAUUUGUACAAAAACUUUUGAAACAAGUGAUGUUAUCCCACUAAUUUUAUUAUUUUUUACCGUGAUAUUUUGGUUACUAUUUUAUUUCUUUCUCUCCUUCUCACGCGGGGAGACACGACGCGCAACGUGUAAGUACGAUGUGCUCUAUUUGUCUUUUUGCGUGUUUCAGGACAAUCUGCUUACGGGAUAAGACGGAAGAAGAGACAGAGAAGGUCUCACAAGCCGGAAGUCGUGAAAAAUGCCAUCAUGGCUGUCGAGGCCGGAAUGUCCCUGAGAAAAGCCGCGCAGAUAUACUCCAUACCUAAAUCGGUUAUACAUCGAUAUAUAAAAAUCGGUUAUAUGACGCGACUAAAACACACAGGAAACGAAGGAUACCCUCAGAUUGUUAGUGUUCGCGGUAAUGUUCGUGGAAUCACCAAUUGGUGAUUUUUUAAUUAAAUGUAACAAGUUUUUUUAAGAUGUUAAGAAAAAUUGAGAUAUAUUU